GCGACAGGCUCCGCCCCCUCGGCCUCUGACCUCCCAUCGCUCCGGCUCGCUCCUGACCGACAGCAUCAUGGCCCAGGUUCUCAGAGGCACAGUGACUGACUUCCCUGGAUUUGAUAGCAGGGCUGAUGCAGAAACUCUUCGGAAGGCCAUGAAAGGCUUGGGCACUGAUGAGGAGAGCAUCCUGACCCUGCUGACGUCUCGAAGCAAUGCUCAGCGCCAGGAAAUUGCUGAGGAGUUUAAGACUCUGUUUGGCAAGGGAGCUGGGACCAAUGAAAAAGUAUUGACAGAGAUUAUUGCCUCAAGGACACCUGAAGAGCUACGGGCCAUCAAACAGGUUUAUGAGGAAGGUAAGCAGCUGGAGGUCACCGCCUUCCUGUCCUCAUGUGGCUGUGGCCCCUUGUAGUUCUCAUUGUCUGCUGAAUGAACUGUGAGUCAGUCAGGCUGUUCUUCUUCAAUAAAAACAGCAAACAAAAUAAUGAAGAACAAACUUGACAACACCUGUAAGGGAGAUGCAGUUUGUUUUUGCCUGAGACCUGCAGACACUAUAGAAAUAGACUGGCCUUUUCUUCUAUGUUAAAUUUCUUUAAACAAAUUCAACUUUAUGCUAGAUGUUAAGAGCUAUGUAGAAGACAUUUUGAGGAGUGGGAAGAAAGACUGAAACCCUUUUCCAGACUGGAGUUGAUAAGACAUUGAUAAAAGUAUGCUAUUCAUCUACUGGGAGUGCUUGGCUAAAGCGUCUUGUAUUUUUGGAUGUUAUUUUUCUUGUAACCUAUUUUUUUCAUCAGUGAAAACAAAGUCUGUAUUUUAGUCCAGUUCGUAUGUCAGUGCUUUGAAUGUAUUCAAGUCCAUGAAAUGAAAAUGAAGAGUCUGUUCUUGUCCGGUUUUUAUGUCGUUGGACUCAGCCUAGAAUGUUCGCCAGUGGUCAUGGCUCUCUGUGGGCAAAGUUAUAGAAUUUAGAUGUGAUGUUAUUAACCCACCAGGUAAUAACAGUGUAAAAUCUAUGGCUACUGAACCAUUACCCGGGCCUCUCUUUCCAGCAUCUCUUUGUAGCCGGGAUGGUCGCUCCCACUAUGGCUGAGGUGACACAUAUCUCAAAGUGGCAGUUUAUCUGCUGUCAUCUUCAGAGCUCUCCGUCUAGGGGUGCUGAUGCUGAGGACUGAGCAUCUCUGAUGCCGUAAUUGUGCUGGCUGCAUCCUGCUCGGUGUGUUUCUGGGCAUGGCUGUGUGUCCACUGCUGCCCCGAGGACAUAAAAGGCACAGCACAGUUCUUGUCCUCGGUGAGGUUAGAGUCAGUAGCUAAAGGAUGAUGAAAUUUAGAAAGUCACACAUGAAAUAUUAAUUCAGGAUGCAGAUAGGAGGGAGAGGGCAUUGCAGCUUUGGGGCCUUCAUAAUACAAAUGAGAUAUUUGGAUUUCAUGGAUUUCAAGAGUAGGUGACGUACUGAGUGUUCAUUGAAAAAUGCAUGGAAGGAACGAGUUGAACAUACACACAGUUCUGCGUUAUCUAGCCUUAAAUGUGGAACUUCCGACAUUGGCGUAGCACAGAUCAACAUGGAAGGCAUUAUGUAACAUAAGUGAAGUGAGCUGGGUGCAAAAAGACAAACAUUUCAUGAUGACUUCACUUGGGUAGGCUCCAACCAAGUGAUAAAACAGGCAAAGCUGUAGAGUAGAAAGUAGCAUGGUAUUUGCCAAGGCUGGACAGGAGAGACAGUGAAGAGAGAUGGUGGGAGAUGGUACUCACCGGACAGUGAGGUGGGGGGACAAGUUUUGGGGAUGCGGUUGGAGCGUGGAGACUAUUCAUAACACCGUAUCAUACAAAUGAAAUUUGCUAAGGAACUAGAACAUGAGUGUUUCAUCAUUCACAGUAACCUACAAUGGGGUACCAGUAACCAUUUCACAGUGUGUCAAGCACGAUGUAUACCUUAAAUGCACACACUCAUUUAUUUAUUAUUUAUUCCUUGUCAGUCAGCAAACUGGGGAGGAAAGGCUAAAAUGGGUCUCCAGUACUAAAGGUAACUUUGAUCAUCAGUUAACAUGGACCCUGUGCUGAGGAGCACAGACUGGGGGAUCUAACGGAGCCUGACCGCAGGGAGGAGGGCACAUGUGUGUGUGAUGGGUUGGUAUGGAGUGUAGAGAAUCUGCAUGCCUGGAAGAUGAACACGGCUGUGAGUCAGCGGUAUAAGGGCUGAUGGAAUGUUGAAGGAACAGU